ACCUACUCUGUUAGCAUGGGUGUGGAGCUUUCAGGCCAGUCAUACAUUCCGAAGCUUGAAGAACUAGCUGUACUUUCUUCUCCGUCACACACACAAAACACAGCUCCAGUCAUGAAUCUGUAUCUCAUCCUGCUUCUUUCAGUCCUCUUGGCAGUUCACUGGAGCCAUGGUCAAGACCUGGUGGAGGAUGUGAUUGUCGCACAUAAUGUGCAGCCUCUAGGAGAUUGGUCUGCAAUCAACCCCAAUCAAGAAGAUGUACAAAAGGCUGCCAGAAAAGCUGUGGAGAACUUUAACAUGAAAUCCAAGGCAAAGAAGUACUUUAAGCUUGUAGACGUAACAUCUGCACAAAUAAAGAUCACUGACAUGAUAAACUACAAGAUCGAUGCAAUCAUAGGAAGGACAAAAUGCCUAAAAACUGAGCCUGGAGAUCUGGACUCCUGUGAUAUGGCUCAAAGGCGGCUCAGGUGCAAGUUUGAGGUUCAGUACAACCCAAGGAACAACCAAUUCACCACGGUGACGAUGUCUUGCAACAAAUAAUCCACAGAAAGCAUAUUACUAUUACAAAUGCAUGAAGGAAACUGUACAGUGUUUAAAGAUAUACUGACAGGUGACAAAUUAAAGGAAAACAACAUGCCAUGACGAGCCACCAGAACAGGUUCAAUGAUCUCAGUUACUAUUCCCUCUAAGUGGAGCCAAACUAUGUCAUGCCAACAUAAAUAAAUAAAUGUACUCGCAGCAUCAUAGAACCACCAUAUAGAACCAGCUGUAUUUCCUUUAAUUUGUAACCUGUCUGUAAUAGCUUGUGCCUUAUAGAUGUGUUAAAGCAGAACAACUCCCUUUGGAAGGGCUUUAUUAUUUUUCAAAUUAGAAAUUAGGCAAAUGUUACUGUUAUAUAUUGUAUGAUCAGAUGACUGAAAUAAAUGCAUGUCACAGACAGGCAUGAUAAACAGG